UAAUCUGCGCUAAUCCUCUGCAGCUGCUCCGCAAACAUAAAUCAGGUAGUUUUGCCCAGAUGCUACCUGCAAUUUUUUUUUUUCCAUGACGCGUAUUUAAGAGUCUGUUGGUUGUGAGUUUAGUCAGUUGCAGAUCGUCUUUCGUCAGGAUGAAGCUCGUUGCGUUUCUUUUGCUAAGCAGCCUCACUUUUGCCUUGGUUCUGGCCUUUCCUGAUAACCACAAUGCAGUUGCUGAUUUGCCAGAUGCUGACCUGCAUGCUGAUGCAAUUUCCACGACAGGAGAGGGAGGCGCCGCCACGCCAUCAGAGACUAAUCAGCUACGUCGGCCACGUCAUCUUCUGAAGAAGCUGUACUAUCCACAGCCACAGGUGAUAGUACAACCAAUUCUGGUACAACCGCAGCCCUACUAUACCAAUUCCUACAUUGGUGCUGGUCGAGGUUAUAAUAUUGGCUAUGGCAUAGGAAAAAGCUAUAAGAAAUGGUAG